ACUUGCGUUAAAUUUUAAUUCGUCAGUCGAAAAGGAUGACUGUAUGCGCAUAGAUUUACCAAACAACCUCCUCUCUAUGAGGAAACACGAAAAGGAUGGCUGUGAUCUUUGACAAAAGAAUUUUGUGAAGGACUGAACAGUCGUCAAGGACUCCACUUUGCAGAGAACAGAAUCUUCAGUAUAUUUUUAAUAAUAUGCAAGGUUAAAUCUGAACAGGCUUUUUAAGGCUGAAGUAUCUUUCCAAUGUCCGCAAAUGGCUGUUGCAGUUUCAGCAAACGCAGUGGACAUCGUGAAAAGUUUCCUCACUGAUAUUCGACGAGAGACGAAAGCUUUUCAGAAUUAGUUGUUUAACAGCCGUUUGAAAAAUUGAACCGUCAAAAUACUCUAAGGAGAAGCCAAAGAGAUCAAUUAUUUCCAAGAAUCGUAAUUCAAAAUCCUCGAACGCGUGUCGUGCUGUGCAUUUUGAAUAAUUAAAAUAGUUGGUUAUUUUCUUAUUUCGGAGAAAAAAGUCGAAAAGUAGAUUAAAAAGACUUAUCGCCAAGAGAUUGGAGAUCGUAGCCAAUGGGCCGAUGUUUGUGAAAGCUACGAAAAUCCGCACUUUGGGAAAAAUCUGAAUGUAUGAAUAGUUUUCGAAUGAGACAUUGCGAUUAAGCACGCCUUCGAAAAAGGUUGGAGACUUGAGUAGUUUGUGCCUUCGAAGAGGGCGAAGCAACACUGAAAAGUAAGAAUUUUGACAUUAAUUGUUUCAAUUUAUCCCUAUGGCAAUGGCUGUCGCUACAGCAGUUACACUCAGCUAUCGCCGUUCACGCACUACAUCACGUGACUGGUCUGUCGCCAACUCGGUACCAGUUGGCGUGGUGGACACAUCGUUGACUGAACCAAUUGUAAUCAACAUUGGCGGAAAAAAAUACGAGACAUACGAGAGCACGUUGAACCAGUUUCCCAAUACGCUGCUGGGAAAUCCUGAAAAGCGCAAGAAAUACUUCGACGAGAAAAACAACGAGUACUUUUUUGACCGACAUCGCAGCUCCUUCACGGCCAUUCUGUAUUACUAUCAGUCUGGUGGAAUGUUGGAACGGCCUUUGCACGUGCCACCUGAUAUUUUCCUAGAGGAAUUGAACUUUUUCCAGUUGACGGAUGACAUGCAGAAGGAGAACGAAGCGGUUGCAAACUGUGAAGACGACGAUGGCGGGAAGGACUAUGACGACGAAGAAGAACUUCCAAAGAAUAGGACCCUACGAGCAAUUUGGCUCGCAUUCGAGAGCCCAAAUUCUUCAUUCUGCGCCAAAGGUUUGGCUAUAUUUUCGCUGGUAAUUAUCUUGCUUUCGAUAGUGGUAUUCUGCGUGGAAACAAUGCCUGUUUUGAAUGAUUCCCCUCGAACGGACGCUAAUGAGACUAAGCCGGCCGCUAAUGAGACUAAGCCGGCCGAGCCCGGAAAAAACAAACACGUGUUCUUUGUGUUAAACGCGAUCUGCAGUUCGUGGUUCACGUUUGAGUACGUGAUUCGUUUCAUCGCAUCGCCUAAUAAGAUUCGAUUUCUCAAAGCGAUUCUGAACAUCUUAGAUCUGUUGUCGAUUCUUCCAUUUUACGUGAGCCUGAUUGUCCCAGAGGAGUCGGCGGGCAGCAUUGAUAUUCUCCGAGUAAUGAGAGUGAUCCGUGUGUGUCGAAUCUUCAAGCUGACGCGUCACUCCAAAGGUUUGCACGUGUUAGGGAAAACUCUGUACGCUAGCGUCAACGAGUUGAUUAUGUUAAUGCUCUUCCUGGUGAUUGGAGUCAUACUGUUUGCAAGCGCCGCGUAUUACGCCGAGGAUAAACCGGGUUCGAAGUUUGCCAGCAUUCCACACGCAUUCUGGUGGGCGGUUGUAACCAUGACAACGGUAGGAUAUGGAGACAUGUAUCCUCAGACCACACUCGGUAAAUUGGUGGGAGCUAUGUGUGCUCUAUCAGGAGUACUCGCCAUUGCUCUUCCUGUACCGGUCAUAGUCUCUAACUUUGAAUUUUACUACAAGGAGGAACUGAGCAAACGGGAGAAUGCCGAAUCAGUGUCUUACAAAAACCUUAAUAGCUUAGUGCCAAAAUCGCCGAUGCUAGAGCACAAGUUACUACUCGAUUCUGAAGCGGGUACACCCACACACUCGGCCAAGUUAGAUGUUAAUCCUGGCCAGUAUUCUAGUCCUUUAUUGACGCAUCGUAUAACAAACGGUGCCAUGAAGUUCGGACAGGAUACAAUUAUUGAGACUGACGAGCUCAGCACUGGCGGCGGUGGGGGAAGCGGGUCGAAACCAUCGACUCCAAUUAAUCGAAGGAAGCAGCAGCAAUCUGCCCCACCGAACUCAGAAACAGUCUUAUAAGUCUUGUAAUGAAGAUGUUCCGAGCGUCUUAGAGGUUAAGGAACUGAAUUGAAUGAAUUUUUGACUUUUGAUGACAUUACAAAUGUCUCCCUGGUAAAUAAGAAGCAGCUGUGUUUAGUCCUCGGUUUUCUGCGCGUACCGUGAAGACGAAGGAGACGGAAUAAUGGCCCACUGUUAUGCUAUGUUGUGCUACUAAAGUUAUAGUUUUUAACAGUAGAGGAGAAGAUUCUUUCUGUAUUCCACGAUGAGCGGAGCCAACUGACACGUUUUUGGACUUUCAGCUUUUUACUGAAUUUAACUGCAAGUGUCUUCUCUCCUUCCCUUUGAAAUUCUGUUAAAGUGGGAGAAAGUUUGAAGCGAAUGAGCUCUGGAAUGGCUACCCAAUUUUGAUGCCGGCAAAAGGACAACCGCUCCAAAUACUCUAGUUUAAUUUUGAGGCUAAAAACCCCAGAAAUUAGUACGGAGACAGGGGCGCGCAUUUCGAAUGAGAAAUCGUAAACCUGUGACAAAACACAAGCAAUCAGAACUGACUGAAGGAAAAAUCUUAACGAACCCGAAGUAAAAACAAGCAAGCUAAGCUAGCUUGCUCGUUCUUGCCCUACGUCAAGCGUCAGCUCGUUCGCACGCUGUUUGAAGUAAAAGGGAUACUGCUAUUUCUUAGGCUGCUUUAAUUAGCAGCUAAUGCCGUGCUACAGCAACGAAAUUUUAACCGUAUUUGAACAUCUAAGGAGCCGAGAACCUCUGGUUAAGUGAAAAGAUGACUGUGCUCUCUAGAAACGCAGAUCUUUGGAAAAUUUUGUACUACCCGACAAUAACCGAUUUCUAUCGACCAAUGACACCACUGCUGAAACAACUUUCAUGGGGUGUUGAAAUUUUACCUUUUUUUUCUGUUGCCAAUGAAAUUUAUAAUCCUGCGUAUAAAAACGUUUCUGAAUAGAGGACACCUUACACGAGUAAGGCAGAAUUUGUUACGGCUUUUGGUUAUCGAAAGCUGAAGAGCACUUUGUGCCGUUAAGCUUAGGAAAGGAAGAUAGAAAAUCACGUGAUGGCUUCUAGGUAGAGAGGAUACCGGGUAUUAAACAGGUCACAUAGAAGCUGAUCACGUUCUGAAAGAAUUAAUGUUGGUUGGACAGUGGAAAGUAAAGACGAGUACUAGACUUCUCACGUGAUUUGUGCAGGAGAAUGACAUGAUUGUCAUGUUUGGAUUCCUUGUUCUAAAGCGACGACUUUGCUUUGUUGAUGGAAAUGGUACUCUUGACUGAACGGACAGCCAGUUUCUGUCGAAAUUAAGUUUCGGUUUGCAGUUCAACUGCGUUGUUACGGCCGUCGUUGGGACUCGAACGUUACUUUUAUCCAGAUUGACUAAGUUAUAAAAUAACUUGGCUCAGGGUAGGAUUCUUCUGUCGAAAGUUCUCCCCGUUUUCUUUUUUCCGGUUUAAAAGGAAAAUAAGAUGAAAGAAAACAAAAAGCUUUGUUUAUUUAGAGAUGUCGAGGCAUCUUUGAGUGUCGAAGUAUACCUCGGAAAAUAUCUACUUUCGUUGCUUGGCAAUCAAACUUUCUAUCAACUGGCGCUGGGCAAAAGGAUAAGUAGAUUUUUUGACACUUGGUAGUUUUUUUCUAGGUCAGACGCUGUUUGUAGAACAAAUUUAAAGAGUUGUUACUUUGAAACAAACUCUACGUCGAGCAAAAAUCUUUUUGCGAAUGAUAAGUUGAUGCGCACCAAUUUUUAUCAGUGUUGUUUCCCAACUUGCUGGAAAAUCUUCGAAUGUGAGAAUGUACGUGCAUGUAAAUGAGGCCUGUUUUAAAUGCAAGGUGUAAUAACUAGGUUUACCAAUGGUGCGACGUCGAUGCCUUCAUUAAUGAACUGGUUUUUUUUUUUUCAUUUCUUUUGGAGUAUUUUCACCGUAAAUCAACGUACGUUGAACAAUGCGAAGAUCUGGCUAGUUACCUCUUUUAAUAAUCACGUUUGGGCAAGGCUUUAAACGAUACGCUUUAAUUGAAUGAUAUAAAACAAUAACGCUUAAUGCGCUUUGAUAAAAAAGCAGGAAAAUUUGAAACGAAGCAGCGACUUGCAUGUUGGUAUAUGUAGACCCUAAAUAAUAAAACGCAAAGAGAAAUUAGGUUUGGUUCAUUUCAUUAUUUGUACUUCCUCUUUAGUUUUUCGUGUGUUUU